AGCCUUGAACCUCCGGCUUCGCCAACUCCUGUGAGCUCCAAAAACCUCUAUCAAAUGGCAUCUUCCAAAGCCAAAACCCUUGCCUCCCUCUUUAAAAACGCCGCUGAAAAGGCUGUUAAAGACCCCUCCUCCUCCUUACGCACCCGUGAAAAAGCCCUAAAACAGCUCGUCUCUUGGCUUGGCACCCCACCAUCUCAUUCCUCCAUAAAACGUUCGCCUAAACCCACCAAGAAACCAGCCUCUGAUGGUAUCUUCCAAAGCCGGUUACUACAGGCUGCUUCUGCUUCUGCUGAUGCUCCAGAAGGUUCACGUGACUCCGAAGAAAUGAUGAAUGGUGGGAGUUCUUUAGGUUCAAACUUUUCUAACAACGAUAUAUCGCUUAAACAGAAAGAAAUUUCAGGUGAAAGGAGACAGAAAUGGGUUUACAAGGAAACUCAGGGUGGCCCAUUAGAUCGGUUAAUAAAGAUGUGUGGAGAUAAACUGGGCACAAAAGUUAUCAUGGAGGUUUUCGAUAAAUUGGGAAGAGAUAUGGAUUUGAAGGAGUGCAAUGCACUUUUAGAAGUUUGUCUGGAGAAGGCCAGGACCAGCAACGAUGAAGAUGAUGCUUUCAAACAUAUGUCUGAGGCUUUUAGAAUUUUCAAGAAAAUGUGGGAGCGCGGAUUUGAGGUCGAUGAGGGCACCUAUGGUCCAUUCCUUAUGUAUUUCAUUGACAUGGGUAUGGUAGAAAUGUUCUUUUUUUUCUGUGGACAUAUCAAAGAAGGGAAUCCGAGUUGUGUUGCAAGGUUAGGUUACUAUGAGAUGCUGUUGUGGAUAAGAGUCAACAAUGAAGAAAAGAUUCAAGAAAUUUGUAAUUGUAUUGUAGCUGGUGUGAAGAAGAUGAUUCUGAAUUAAA